AUGGCAACCUUGCUCCUGGGUUAUGGAAGUGUUCUGAACUGCAGGUUUUUCGUGCCAAUCACAAUAACCUCUCAGGAUUACUUCCAAAAGAUAUCUAUAAUGCUACCAAACUUUAAGAAAUUGCAUUACCCUCUCAAUUCACUACUUGGAGCCAUUAGUGAUAAAAUUGUCAACCUCACCAACCUUGCCAUCCUUGACCUCGCCUUUAAUCAUUUUGGCGGCAAGCUUACUCCCAAUUUGGGGGAGCUCUCCAAAUUGAAAUUUAUGACCCUUGAUUUCAACAAUUUAGAAGGUCCUUUGCCCCAGUCUUUGAUGAAUUGCACAAACCUUGUAGAAUGGCGUUUGGGAUCCAACGACUUGGAAGGAGAUAUCUCCAUGCUUGAUUUUUCCAGACUUACUCAACUUACUAAACUUGACCUAAGGAUGAAUAACUUCACUGCAACGAUAGACCUAUCUAAGAAUAACAUUGUUGGUGAUACACGUACUGAUAUCGGCCAAUUGCAGCUUCUCUACAUGUUGGUUCUUGACUCCAACAACUUCUCUAAUAUCAUUCCAGACCAAAUAUCUAACUUAAAAAGUUUAAAGGUUUUGAAACUCUCCAUGAAUCACUUGUCUGGAAUAAUGCCAUCAUCAUUGGCAAGCCUUAAUUUCUUGAAAGAAUUUAAGGCCUCAUACAAUAACCUCAAAGGACCAAUACCAACAGGCACCCAGCUCCAAAGCUUCAAUGCUUCUGCCUUUGAGGGGAAUCCAGAUUUUUGUGGUGCCCCACUCCCAAAUAAAUGCGGACCAAGUAGGUGCAUUGAUGCAGAUAAUAAGAACAAUAAAGAUGUGAACAAUUAUUAA